AUGGCAUCUUUCAAAGGAGAACUCAAAGCGCUCAUUCUGGUCGGGUAAGUGCAGCUGCCUCCUCCUUCUGUGGGAUCCCACGUCGCUCGCCGUCAUCCGGCGUAGUCGUGGUCGCGUUCGAACCGUACGACCCAAGCUCUCGCUGGCUUGAUUCGUUGCUGGGCGAAGGCUCUAGCUCGACCGUAAUCACUACACCAUUCGUCGGGACAUACAGCUGCUUUCAAAGUGCUCUUCGCGUCGCUCUCGUCUCUUCGAUUCCGAUGGAUCGGCUCCCAGGCUCCCAUCUGGUCUCGCAUCGACCAUCCGAGGCGCCCCGCUGUCCCGUCUCGGUGAACUCUGCUCCUUCGCAGACCCAGACUGACCUCUACAACCCUCUACCUUUCCGGUCCACAGUGGCUUCGGCACACGACUGCGUCCCCUGACGCUCACCUUGCCCAAGCCGCUCGUGCCUUUCGCCAACCAAGCCAUGAUGUGAGCUACCGCCUUGAUUCUUUACCCUGUCAUGUCCCUUCACUUUGGCUGAUGACACCUCUUCUCGUCCAACCAGCAUCCACCACAUCUCGGCACUCGCAGCGGCUGGCGUCAAGCACAUCGUUCUGGCCGUCAACUAGUACGUUUCGGCGCCGCCCUGGCACGCGACGCGACGGGACAAGCGCACGUUCGAACCCCUCGAGUCGCGCCACACAUCAUACUCGCGUUUCACCAUUUGGCAUUCGUCAAAGGGACGAAGAAAGUUAACUCAUUCUGAGAAUUGUUUGUCUUUGUGCGCAGCCGACCCGAAGUCAUGUCGGCUUUCUUGGCCAAGGUCGAAAAGGACUUUGACGUUAAGGUGCGUAAUCGAGAAUUUCAACUCUGAAGUGCGCCGCUUUCGCCGAGGAAGGAGAGCUAACCACAAAGUCGCGUGCCGCUGCAACAGAUCACCUUCUCGAUUGAGAACGAGCCUCUCGGAACAGGUAACAUCACCUGUGCUCUCACUUGGUGAAGACCUCGGUCCUGACGAACCCCUUGCCUCCAUCUUCUCAAACACAGGGGGACCGCUUGCUUUGGCCCGAGACGUGCUCGCCAAGGACGACGCACCCUUCUUUGUGCUCAACAGUGACGUGACGUGCCAGUUUGCGUUCCAGAGCCUGCUCGACUUCCACCUCAACCACGGCGGCGAAGGCACGAUCCUCGUCACAAAGGUCGAGGAACCGUCCAAGUACGGUGUCGUAUUGACCCACCCUGGAGAAUCGACGAUCGAGCGCUUCGUCGAGAAGCCCAAGGAGUUCGUCGGGAACCGUAUCAACGCCGGUAUCUACAUCUUCAACCCCGCCAUCCUCGAGAGGAUCGAGGUCAAGCCGACUUCGAUCGAGAGUGAAAUCUUCCCCGCCAUGGCCGCCGAUCGUGAGCUGCAUUGCAUGGACCUCGAGGGGUUCUGGAUGGAUAUUGGACAGCCCAAAGGUACGAUCCCAUCGGGACAGUCUUAUUUCCUCGUCCGCUGGUCCUGAUCGGCUCUCUUUUUGACCUGACCAUCGCAGACUUCCUCUCGGGCACAUGUCUCUACCUGACGCACCUGAGCCGAACAAACUCGCCGCAAUUGACCUACCCGUCGCAACAACCCUACAUCGUGUCCGGUAACGUCCUCAUCGACCCAUCAGCCAGGAUCGACCCGACCGCUUCGAUCGGCCCCAACGUCGUCAUCGGUCCCGGUGUCGUCGUCGGCAAAGGUGUUCGUCUUCAACGCUGCGUCAUCAUGGAAAACACAAGGUCCGUCCAUUGCACGAGUGCGCAAAGCGGAGAAUGGAGAACUGACUCUCUUUCGUAUUGUCGGCGUUUGGCCGGGAUAGGGUCAAGGACCAUGCUUGGAUCCAAUCCAGUAUCGUUGGGUGGAACUCCACGAUCGGACGAUGGGCGCGUCUUGAGAACACGACCGUUUUGGGUGACGAUGUCCAAGUCGGUGAGGAGGUUUAUAUCAAUGGCGCGAGCGUCUUGCCUCACAAGAGCAUCAAGUAAGUCGCACCCUUCUGUGGGCCUGGCGGUACAUUGUCGUCCUUUGCUUUUGCUGAUGAGAUGCUUCUGAUUGCAUUAGGGCCAACAUUGUCGCGCCUUCGAUUGUCAUGUGA